CUUAAGUUAUAUAACAUGUCCCAAGCGUUGAUUGCUGGUUGGUAAACAGUUUGGUCAAUAGCUGCAAAUAUGUAGAAGUUAUAUUGACUAAAAACAUAAGUAUUUGUUCUUUUUCUCCAAAAAUCUCAAUGAUUUAUUUUUCAAAUACCCCUAAUCAGGCUUUUUUAAUCCCUAGCUUGCUCAAUAAUAUCGACAACUGUGAUAUUAUUUAUCAAGACAUUUCUUCACUACAUUUUCCUUGUCUCGAUAUUUGUAGAUAAUAUCAUGAUGCUUAAGUUAUAUAACAUGACCCAAGCGUUGAUUGCUGGUUGGUAAACAGUUUGGUCAAUAGCUGCAAAUAUGUAGAAGUUAUAUUGACUAAAAACAGAAGUAUUUGUUCUUUUUCUCCAAAAAUCUCAACGAUUUAUAUUUCAAAUACCCCUAAUCAGGCUUUUGUAAUCCUUAGCUUGCUCAAUAAUAUCGACAACUGUGAUAUUAUCCAUCAAAACAUCAUUUCUUCACUACAUUUUCCUUGUCUCGAUAUUUGUAGAUAAUAAUGACCCAAGCGCUAAUUGUUGGUUGGUAAACAGUUUGAUCAAUAGCUGCAAAUAUGUAGAAAUUACUUUUACCUGUGGAAUUUGGCUAAAUAAGAGUAACAAUCCUAGCGAUCAUGAAUAAUUCAUAAUGGUUACUAUGGAGUUUCUAAGGCAAAGAAAUCUAUAAAUCAAAGUUACAGCGGUGAUAAGUUACCAGAGUCAUUGACAACUUCAGCCUCCCCAGUGUCAAGUGCUCAAAUCACCUUGGAAAAUGCAAUCAAAAAGAUGUUUUGUAACUGUCGCAGCUCUAGUCUGUAUUUUGAUCCGUGCAAAAUCACAAAGCAUCGCAAUACACCGUUCGUCGUGCAGGAGAGAUGUUCUAAUGAAAGCAACGGACCGUGAUAAAAAAUUGACUGGCACUGCGCAAAAUAUCAUAUUGGAGAUCUACGCCAACAAGCUUUCACUUUGCGCAAAGAGGUGCACAGGGGCAGAGAAGUGUAUGACGAUCAAUUACAAGAAGUUUCCUGCCUCUUUGCAAGAGAAUAAUUGCCAAUUACUGGAUAUUUCGAAAGCAAAUCAGAGCGUAUCAUUGACAAAUGCAACUGGGUGGAUUCACUAUGAACCAGUAGCGCAGGUUGGACCACGUUGCCGAGUAUAUAACUGUAAUCCUGGCUACCAGUGCAUCGAGUCGUGCUCAAAAUUAGAGGGAAUCGAGUGCAUUGAUAUUGAUGAAUGUGGAAGCAGCCCGUGUCAAAAUGGUGGCACAUGUGUUGAUGGAAUCAACCAGUACACUUGCACUUGCGCAGCAGGAUAUGAAGGAACACUGUGCCAGACAAAUAUUGAUGAAUGUAGAAGCAGCCCGUGUCAAAAUCGUGGCACAUGUGUUGAUGGAGUCAACCAAUACACUUGCACUUGCGCAGCAGGAUAUGAAGGAACGCUGUGCAAGACAAGUAAGAAAUUAUCAAAAUAUGAUUCUUCUUGCUCUCCAUCUGUCGCCAGCUGCAGAGCAUUGUAUCUUCAAGGACACAGAGCUGAUGGUGUCUACCUGAUACGAGGUGUUUCUGGUUCAACAUUUAAUGUUUAUUGUCAUAUGACUGACGGUGGUUGGACAUUGAUAGCAAGGUUCUCGAACGCAGAUGCAAAGAACUGGAUGCAAAGUAGUGGUUCAUUUUGGUACGACCAAGGAUCACAUGGAUCGACAACAUCACCAUCGACAAAUGCUGACAUGAUAAAUAGGGCGUUUUUUGACGUGGCUGGAAACGAUAUCAAACUGUCUCGCAGUGAUUCUUCUACCCACAGCCCCCUGCUUUACGGAGGGAACUGUGUCUCUUCAGCGGUAACAUUUCGUGACAAGAUGUCGUCAUACGGCAAUUUUAGAAAUAACGCAGCCUGGCUUCCUACCAAUGAUGGCUGCAGAGGAAGCUGCACAAUAUCUUAUGGAAGAGUGUCUGGAGUUGCUGGAUUUUCACAGUACAGUUGCAGUGGUGACCUCAAACCAAGCCAUACAUUAGGCUUUUGGUGUUAUAGCAGCGGUGAUGGGGCAGUGCUUAUGAUUGGUGGUGGUGGCAGUGCGUGUGGACGGGCAGAUCACGGUAUUGGUAUAACAGAGGCGGAUACUCCAGUAUUUGCAGAUUCAACACCGAAUUAUGAUUUUGGAGAUGAUGCAGAUAGCUCACAAACAACUACAUAUGCUUUGAAUCUUUGGAUUCGAUGAACAAAAUCAUUCCAGCAUGGACCUUCAAUAAGGUGUCUCGAGAACCUUUCUUAAUCCUAGUAAAAAGUAGCUCGCAAAAGUCACAAAUUGAAAUUGUUAUAACGAAGGCAUUAAUUUGUAAUUUGUAAAGCAUGAAGUUUGUAAUUAAUCAGAAAUUUAGGCUAAGAUGAAAAAAGCUUAGAACGUUUUCAACUCUUAUCAGAUUCACUGUUGUAUGCUAAAAUGAUUAAAAAUCUUUGUAAUGCAAAGCUUUGCUAAUCAAAAACAUAUGCAUU